CGUCCUUAAAAUGUCAGCACCGUGGCGUGAUAAUUCGCAUCCUCUGCAAAGCCACUGGAGGAGAAACCUUAGCUUAGCUUGCCACUCCUGUAGGGUUCAACCAUGGAGUUCAAGCACCUGUGCCUGGUGAGGUUCAAGGAGGGCGUCGUGGUGGAGGACAUCAUCCAGGAGCUCAGCAAGCUCGCCGCAGAGCUGGACAUGAUCAAGUUCUUCGGGUGGGGAAAAGACGUUCUGAACCAGGACGCGCUGACACAGGGCUUCACCCACGUCUUCUCCUUGUGCUUCGACAGCGCCGAGGACCUGGCGGCGUACAUGGGUCACGAGAAGCACGGCGCGUUCGCCGCCACAUUCAUGGCCGCGAUCGACAAGGUCAUCGUCAUGGACUUCCCCUUCGUCGUUGCCAAGCCGGCGCCACAGCCUGAGGCUUGAUUCACCCCCACCAUCUGUUAGCGAUAAGCAUUUGCCAUUGCCAACCACUGUAAGGUGCCUUUUCAGGUAAUAGCCACCAUCUAUCUGCCGCUGUGAUGUACUGCACCGGUGUACCUAAGCCUCCUAUUUUUCCUUUCUUCCUCUGCUUCUUGGUGUUGCCUCUAAAGCCUGGGGUGCACCCCAAUGCCGUGCAUUCCGUUCAAAGCUUGUUUAGUUAUCGCCCUUGAAUAAGUAUACUUUUCGGUGUUCAUUACGAA